ACGGAUCAGAACAGGCUCGCGAACGGGAAAAUAGGGGCGCUCUUGGUUCCUCCGCGGCCGUCGUCUCCGCCGGUGAGUUCCUCCCUCUCCCUCUCUCUCUCUCUCGAAUCUUCUAUUGAAGCUUUCUUCGCGGGAGCAUCGUCUUCUUCCUCCGCCGUCUCAAAGUCCUGUUUCGAUCCGCGACGGCUAUUUUCCUGACCGCCGAUUCUGUCGACUCCGCCGCCGCCGCCGUCGCCGUCGCCGUCGCGGACGGCUUCCGAUCGCCCCGCGGGACGGGGAUUGUGGCUCGUGAGUCCGAAUUGAUCGCGUCGUUUUCUAUGUUCGGCAAAACGUUGACGAGCAGCAGUUAAUCGCGUCCGGUCAACAGUGCGACGGUAGAAGAACCGAAAAAGGAGGAGGGAGGCAUGUGAGGAAAGGAUGAGGAACGAGAUAGGGAAGCCGUUGAUCGUGUUGAUAUGCGGGAGCCUGGUGUACUACCACUGCGCCUACCGGAACUCGAGCCUCCUCUCCCUCCUCUCCGACGUCCUCAUCGUGCUGCUCUGCUCUCUCGCCAUCCUCGGCCUCCUUUUCCGCCAGCUCAACAUCUCGGUGCCGGUGGACCCGCUGGAGUGGCAGAUAUCGCAGGACACGGCCAACAGCAUCGUCGCCUGCCUCGCCAACACGGUCGGAGCCACCGAGUCCGUUCUCAGGGUUGCCGCCACUGGCCAUGACAAGCGCUUGUUCGUUAAGGUGAUCGUUUGCCUUUACGUUUUGUCUGCUUUGGGGAGAUUUCUCUCCGGCGUCACUGUUGCUUAUGUCGGAUUAUGCUUGUUUUGUCUUUACAUGUUCGCCGAAAGCUCGCCCUUGAUCAGCACUUUCAUUGCCCGAUUCUGGAGAAGUGGUUCUGCUGAGCAGGAUAGCACUUAGCCAUUAAACCUUCUCGACCUAUAUCCAAUUCUUGUUGUACCCACUUCUUGGAGCCUUAGUUUGUGACUGUACAUGUGACUUUUUCCCUUCGGAGUGAGUGAAUACUGUUUUCUCGGCUAAUACACAUGAAACUUUUAGGCGCAAUUUUAUGUUUGGUCAUGAGUGCAACCAAUCGAUGCUAGUUUGAAGAGAAAUUGUCAGCCUUUUGGAUUCAUAUAUAUAAACUAGUUCUCUCCCUGUGAACUUUAUGUUCUUUACGUUGAUAUAAAAGAGGGAACGUAUGACCCUAGAUAUGACACCCCAGGUGGGGAGUUCA